AUGGAUAAUAACAACAAUAAUAAUAGUAAUAAUAACAGUAAUAGUAAAAUUGGUAAUGAAAUUCCUAAUAAUAAAAAUAAAAGAAAAUUUGAAAAUGAAGAAACAAUUGAGAGUGAUGAUUUUGAUCAAAGUUAUUCCAUAGAUGACGAUUAUGAUGAAAAUUUAAAUAAUAAUUAUAGAAAUAACUAUAAUAAUAAUACCUAUAAUAAUAAUACUUAUAAUAAUAAUAGCAAUAUUAAUAAUAAUAAUAAUAAUAAUAAUAAUAUUAAUAAUAGUAAUAAUAAUAAUAAUAAUAUUAAUAAUAAUAAUAAUAAUAAUAAUAAUAAUUAUAAUAAUAAUAAUAUUAACAAUAAUAAUAGCUACAGCAAAAGUGGCAACCAAAAUAAUAAUAAUUUCAAUGAUAACAGCAAUAAUAAUAAUAAUAGUAAUAAUAAUAAUAAUAAUAAUAAUAAUAAUAAUAAUAAUAAUAAUAAUAAUAAUAAUAAUAUUAAUAAUAUUAACUUUAAUAAUAAUAAUUCCAAAGGAGAAAUAAAAAGAGUUGGCAAAAAAAGAGGUGCUUCUUGGAAUGAUAAACAAAGUGAUGAGUUGUGGAAUUUAUUUCACGAGUUAUAUGCAAGCGGAGCAUAUAAAUCAAACCAAGCCAUUGCCAAACAUAUCCAUUCAAUGCAAAUUUUUCCAAGCCACUUUUCAUGUGAACAGGUUUAUGAUAAAAUUACAAACUUAAAAAAGAAAGCCAACAAAAAUAAAGAUAAACCUCCAAAAUUACCAAAACCUUCCAAACCCUCAAAAUAUAAUUUAAAUAAUAUUAUUGAAAAUAAUUUUAAUAAUAAUAAUAAUAAUAAUUUUAACAAUUCAAGUAAUAGUAAUAAUAAUAAUAAUAAUAAUAAUAAUAAUAAUAAUAAUAAUAAUAAUAAUAAUAGUAAUAAUAAUGACUUUUCUUAUGAUGAUUCACCGCCAUUAAAUCAAAAGAGAAAGGAACCACGUACUUCAAUUGAAAUUUCAAGUAAUUUCAAUGCACCAAGUAUGAGUCCAAUUGUUAAUUCACCAGCUUCUUCCUCCUCUUCCUCUCCAAAUAAUAUUAGAUUCAAUAAUAAUAAUAAUAAUAAUAAUAAUAAUAAUAAUAAUAAUAAUAAUAAUAAUAAUAAUAAUAAUAAUAAUAAUAAUAUAAAUAAUAAUAUAAACAAUAGUAAUUUAAAUAAUAAUAAUAAUAAUAAUAAUAAUAAUAAUAAUAAUAAUAAUAAUAAUAAUAAUAAUAAUAAUAAUAAUAAUAAUAAUAAUAAUAAUAAUAUAAAUAAUAAUAAUUUCCAAAACAAUAGAAAUAGCAAUUGUAGAUCAAAUCAUAAUGAUGAUUUCAAUUAUCAUACCCAAAACAAUAAUGGCAAUAAUAAUUAUAAUAGCUAUAAUAAUAGUAAUAGUAAUAGUAAUAGUAAUAGUAAUAGUAAUAUUAAUAGUAAUAGUAAUAGUAAUAGUAAUAGUAAUAGUAAUAGUAAUAGUAAUAGUAAUAAUAGUAAUAGUAAUAAUAAUAAUAAUAACAAUACCAAUAAUAAUAACAAUAAUAAUAAUAGUAAUGAAUGUAGUGAUUGCGCAGAAUUAAAAGUUAUUAAUAGAGUGUAUUCUGACCAAAUUGAAAGUCUUGAGGAUACAAUUAAACAACUGAGAGAGAAAAUAAAACAACAAGCAAGAUUACUUGAAGGUCAAUCUCAAAUAAAUGAUAACCCUACAAUAACCAUCACAACUUCCACUUUUUCAACUAUUGAUAAACCUAAUAAUACUUUUAUUAAUAAUGAUAAUAAUAUUAUCAAUAGAAUCAAUAAUAAUAAAGAAGAUAAUAAUAAAGAGGAAGAGGCAGGAGCAGAAGAAGAAACAGAAAGAGAAGAUAUAAUGGAGAACAUUGAAAGUAAAAAUACCACCAGUAAUAGUGCAAAUAAACAAUGUAACAUUAAUGAUAGUGAUAACGAUAACGAUAACGAUAUUGACAAUAAUAAAAAUAAAAAUAAAAAUAAUAAUAAUAAUAAUAAUAAUAAUAAUAAUAAUAAAAAUAAUAAUAUUGUUGAUAAUGAAAUACAUGAUGAUAACGAAAAAAAGGAAUUAUCUGUUUCCACAUCAAAUAAACCAAUAAUGAAUAGAAAUGACUUUAAUGAAGAUUAUUUUAUUGAUGAAAUUGAUAAUGGUUAUUUAAAUAAUGAUUGUAAUAAUGGUAAAAAUGCAAAUAGCAACAACAAUAGAAACAACCACCACCGCCAUCAUAAUUCCCACAAUCCUCAUAACCGUAGAAAUAGUCAUAUAAAUCAACAAGGUGACAAUGAAAAUGGUAAUAAUGAUAGAGAUGAUGAUGCUGAUGAUGAUGAUGACGAUGGCGAUGAUGAUAAUAAUAAUAAUAAUAAUAAUAAUAAUAAUAGUAAUAAUAAUUAUGAUAAUGAUAGUUUUGGAGGAUAUAAUUUAGAUAGUGAUUUUGAAGAUGAUGAAAAGGAUGAAGAUUCAGAUUAUGAAAAUGGUGUUUCAUUAUCAAAUGUGAGUUUAAAAAGAAAGAGAAAAAAUAGACAUACUUACAAUAUAAUUUCACCAGAUCAAUCACCAGAUCGAUCACCAUCACCUUUGACUACAACUGCAUCAUUUUCAACAAUAUUUUCAUCUUCACCAUCACCAUCAAAAAAAGUUGACAGGAGAAAAGUUUGGACAGAUGAAGAGUUUGAAGAAUUGAGGCAAAUUUAUUUUAAGGUUUUACAAUUUGGUUUCACAAGCGAUGUAAAACUUUAUUCUCAAAUUUAUAAAAUAACCUCAAACAAUACCCUCUUAAAACAUUUUUCAGAUAGUCAAGUCUUUUCAAAACUUAGAAAUGCUAAACAUAGAAAUUUUUUAGAAAAUCCAAAAAAUAAAUUAUUUAAUGAUAACAAUUUUUCAACACCAAAAAAUGAUACAACUACAGAAUCACCAAUUAAAGCUGUACCAAGAACGCUCAAUACUACAAAUACACCAAUUAAAGCUUCCCCAAAAACUCCCAAUCAAACUCCCAAUAAGGAACAACAACAACAACAACAACAACAACAACAACAACAACAACAACAACAACAACAACAACAACAACAACAACAACAACAACAACAACAACAACAACAACAACAACAAAAAUCACCUCUUCAACAAACAAUACAAACACAUCAACCACAAAUGCAACCAAUACAAGUACAACAAAUACAAUUACAACAACAACUACAACAACAACAACAACUACUACAACAACAACGACUAUUACAAGCACAACAACAACAACAACAACCACAACAACAACAACAACAACAACAACAACAACAACAACAACAACAACAACAACAACAACAACAACAACAACCACAACCACAACCACAACCAAUUAUAACACAACCUCAAAAAUCACCACAACAAACUAAUACCACUUUACCAACCCAAAACUCACCAUUUGGGCAUACCUUGACCAAUACUAUUUAUAACUCUAAUACAAGUAAUAAUAGUUUAAAUAGUUUUUUCAAUAGUAUAUUAAAUAGUCAAACACCAACCACAGGAUCUAAUUUGGGAUAUAUUCAAAAAUUAAGAGAUCAAAUUAGAUUAUUGGAAGAAGAUAAUGAAAAAUUAAGUCAAAGAGAAAAGGAAAGGGACAAAAAAGAAAAAGAAAGAUUAGAAAAGGAAAAACUGGAAGAGGAGAAAAAAAUAAAAAUAAAACUUGAAGGUGAUAACAAUAAUAACAAUAAUAAUAAUAAUAAUAAAAAAAUUAAUGAAUUAAUAAAUAAUAAUAAUAAUAAUAAUAAUAAUAAUAAUAAUAAUAAUAAUAAUAAUAAUCAAAAUGUAGUAUCACCAUAUUAUAAUGAAGAUAAUGAUAGAAUAAUAUCAAUCAACUCUGCUGUUAUUAUUCGAUCUCAACACAAUGAUGAUUUUUAUCUAGUCUUCCCCUCAUAUGGUCCAAACAUAAAGAUUAAAUUCAUUAAAAUUGUAAAUAAUCGUUAUCAAGUGGAAGUAACAUCAACAAAUGGUAAUAGUUUGGAUUGUACUUCUCUUUAUUAUAUAAAGUGUUGGGAGGGUUAUGAAGAUCCAACUAUGUGUAUUAUCAAGCACAGCAACUUGGAACAUAAAGCUUUGGUAUUUAAAAAAUCCUUACCAGUUUAUAAUCUUUAA